ACCGUCUACGUCACAUCACGAAGGCUACGACGUAGAAAUUUUAUGUUUUUGUGCCCCAUAUUGGCUGUAUCACGAUUCACGAUAGACGAGACGAUCUUUUUUGCUUUCGUGUCGUGACCAUACUGAGAAAAUCGUUCACAAACGCCAUCUAACGGCAAUGGUGCAACUAGUCUGUUGCAGUCGUUGUCUACCAGCCCCAAAAAAUCGAAUUAAUCAAUCAAAAAUCUUGAACGAUUCUCAAAUAAACAAAUAUUCUAAUACAUUUAAAAUUGAAAGAUAACUAGAAACUAGCUUUGGUUUAAACCAAGGCAGUCAUAAUAGAUCAGUCGAUUUCAAACCCACCCAAUAAAUUUUGUCAUGGAAGAAGCACUUGUUUCUUUAAAAAAGAAUGGUUGGAACGUUUCGUUAGAGAAAAUAAAGAAACAAUUUCAAGACUACGAGUCGGAAGCAGACAACGAGGAAAAAAGGUUUGUAAGGGACCCUGAGAAAUGGAUCAUCGAUGAAGAUUUGAAAAAUGUAGCAAUCCCUAGUCUUCCAGAUGGAGUAAAUUCGGGUAAAGUUGCCCAGAUUUCAACACCUAUAGUCUUGCAAAUAAAGGCUGUUGAAAUAAUUUCUGCCCCAAAACAAAAUGUUGACUCUGAGGCUGCUCCUCGAAUGUUGAAAGUUGCCUUAAGUGAUGGAAAAACCAUUUGUUAUGGAAUAGAAUUUGAACACAUUUCAAAAAUAAGUUUGGCUACACCACCUGGGACAAAAAUUCGAUUAAAUAGAGAAGUCAAACUCUGGAAUGGGUUCAUCUUGCUUGAUGCCAAAAAUCUUCAGUUCAUAGGAGGAGAAGUGCCUGAUUUAAUUGAGGAAUGGAAAGUUCAACAGUUGCUACUUGGUCACGUUAGGUCACAGGACCAGGAUGGCCCACCUCCAUGGGUUCCUUUUGGUCGCAGAAUACAACCACUCAAUAUCGUCGAUGGACAAGACAAAAAAACUUUAGAGGAAAAGGAAAAAGUUGUCAAAGAUGAAGAGUUUCUUAGCCAAAGGCAAGAUGCUAUUGCAGCUGCAGCUGACGCCAGUGGCGUAACAAAAGUCAUCAAAGGUUCCGGACGUCAACUGGAAAUGCAACAAACUGAGAGAAGAGGUCGUGGACGUGAACGCCGCGAAAGAAAUUCGUACCGAGACGAAGAGCGUUCUGCUAAACCUCGAGAUUCAAUUCGUCUUUUCGAAUUUCUCCAACCGCAAAUUGGUGAAACACCAAAGGAAGAAGACAACGCCGCCUAUUCUGAUGAAGAUGAUUACGUCGGACUAGAGGCAGAAGAAAAUCGACCCAGUUGGGAACGUGACGGCGUCUACCGCCGUCCCGGCUAUGGAGGUUCGGGAUCGGGAGAAAAAUUGUAUUCUCGGGGACGGGGAUCUUACCAGGAUCGAAACGACCAGAAUGGUCGUGGACGCCGGGGAUCUUAUCGUGGACAAGGAAGUUCAUAUAUUCAGGACAAUCCAUAUCGGGAAAGAAGAGAUUCUCAUCGCGGACGAGGCAGCUCCAAUCAAGACGAUUCUUAUCGAGACAGAAAAGAGUCUCAUCGUGGAAGGGGUGGUUCCAACUACGACGAUUCCUAUCGAGACAGAAGAGAAUCACAUCGUAGCCGAGGGUCUCAUCAAGAAGACUGGAGGGGAGUCUCAGCAGGGACAAGUUCUCGAGGAGGAGGAAACUCCCACUUUGAUCAAGAGCAAUCGUACGGUGGGAGAGGGCGGUCUUAUCACGAUCGAAGAGGUUCGUCUCGAGGAGGGAGAGGAGGAAGAGGACUAAGAGGAUCUCAUCGAGACAUUGAAGAUUCAUAUUCAAACCAAAGAAGCUAUAAUAGAGAUUAUCCAUCCAGCAGAAGUCCGGUUGAUGCUCUGGUCGACGACUUCAAAGCCUGGCCUGGGUUGGAAGCCAAACCCACUGCCACUCAGAUUUCAACUCAAGUAGAAGUCCGGGCUGCGGCUCCUCCCAGAUCUCAGGAGCAAUGGGCAGUCGACGAUUUCUGUCUGGCCAAAUGGGAAUCUAGUGACAAGCAUUAUCCAGCUGUCAUCCAGCAGUUGCAUCCAGCUCGUAAAUCAGCCACAGUCAUGUUUGUCGAAUCAGGUGCCGUGCGGAUCGUAGAGAACAAGUAUCUACGCCGUGACCCGCAAGACGAGGGGCCGACGAUUACCAAUCGACCGAGAGGAGGCCAAGUUUCUCGUAUCUAUACACCCCGGAAUCGCGGUGCAACUCACGGAGGAGGAGGAGGCUGGACAGGUGAAAGAGAUAGAGAAAGCAGCCGAUAUACAUUGCGACAAGAUGUUCCAUUGCAGAAGGCGGAUACUUCCGGCCGGUCGAUCACGCGGGAAGUUGCGUUCAAUGCGGAUUGGAAGAGCGGCCAAUUCUUUGCGACAGCGUUGCAACAUGUCCUCGACGGUGGCGAUACCUUCGAAAUGGACAUCGUCGUCCUGUACGUCGUCGUUGACCAUUUUGGGUGCCGAAGUGAAACUUCCCAUCCUGGACGGCGCAUACAAACAAAAGCGAGAAAACACGUCAAUAAUCAAGGACGGAAACAACCACCAACGGUGACAAAAUUCGACCAAAUAUCCAAGGCUGAUUAUCAAAUGAACCUAGAAAUUGCCGGCAGGAAGACAAAUCUGAGGUGAUCGAGUCUAAAAUGUGACUUUCGAUACUAUGAAGAAAAUAGAUCAACAGGAAGAAUGAACUUGUUCUCACCAUUUACAGUCAGGAACCAUGAAAAUGUGUCCUUAAUUAAUAAUUCCAAACUGUUUACGUCUAUCACAAAGCUACGACACGAGGAGAAUUUCAAAACCAACGUGGAUUUGGCAAGGACUAAUUCCUUAACGUCAUAGUUCCAAUCUUGGGUUUAAAUUUGAGACGAAGAAAAAGUAAACUUCAAAAGAAAAGA